ACUAUCAUCAGAUCAGCAUUCAGCAAUACCAAGGAGCAAUAUGAAGAUAUUAUUCUUUGUGUUGUUUUGUAUCUCUGCCAUCUUCUUUAACUCUUGCCUUGGAAAAUCUGACAAUCAUAAAGUUUACAUUGUCUAUAUGGGGGCUGCAGCUCCAUCCAGCAAUGGCGCCAUGCGGAAGGAUCAAGCUCAACUCAUCACCUCACUGCUUAAAAGGAACGGGAACGCAUUGGUGUACACCUACACAAAAGGCUUCUGUGGGUUUUCAGCCCGGUUGACGGCGGAAGAAGCCGGAUCAAUUGCUCAAAAUCCCGGAGUGGUGUCUGUUUUUCUUGAUCCAAUUUUGCAUUUCCAAACAACCCGUUCGUGGGAUUUCCUGGAUUCCAUUUCUUCUAAAAAAAUCUCACCCACCAGCCUCCGCAAAUCAAAUGCCGCCGCUCAACCAUUAUCUUCUAGUGAAGUAGACACCAUAAUAGGGAUCUUGGACUCAGGAAUAUGGCCUGAAUCUCCUAGCUUCAAUGACAACGGCAUGGGACCAAUCCCUGCCCGAUGGAAGGGGAAGUGCGAGGAAGGCGAUGAUUUCAACUCUUCCAACUGCAACAGGAAACUAAUCGGGGCACGAUAUUACCCGGAUUCUUUAGACGUCCCGUCGGCGAGGGACAAUAUGGGACACGGAACCCACGUGGCGUCCACGGCAGCAGGAUCAUUGGUUGAUGACGCAUCGUACUACGGCCAGGCUGGCGGGACGGCCAGGGGUGGGUCCCCUACUUCGAGAAUUGCCAUGUACCAUGUUUGCGAGUAUUUCGGAUGCCCAGGAUCGGCGAUCUUGAAAGGCUUCGACGAUGCUAUUGAGGAUGGCGUGGACGUGUUGUCGCUGUCGCUGGGCGGAGGGGGUGGAGAGAAACCCGAUUUCUCCGACGAUGUUAUCGCCAUCGGCGCGUUCCACGCCGUCGAGAGAGGCAUCGUUGUUGUCUGCGCCGCCGGUAACGAUGGCCCGUACAACAGUAGUCUCACCAACGAUGCUCCCUGGAUUUUCACCGUCGCCGCCUCCACCGUAGACCGCGAGUUUCAGUCACAAAUCCUCUUGGGCGACAACACAAUCAUUAAGGGCGAGGGAAUUUAUAUCGGAAAACUGAAGAAAAGUCCGGUGUAUCCAUUGGCAACAGGGGCAUUGGUUAAAUCGGAGAGUGCUACUGAAACUGAUGCCAGGGAUUGUUUACCCUUGUCAUUAGACCCUAAGAAGGUGAAGGGGAAGAUUAUUAUGUGCGAAACUCGCAACCCGACUUCUUACAUUGGGGAUAAGAUAAAUGAGGUGAAAAAUGGGGGCGGGGUUGGAGUAAUACUCACAAACGCCGACCCCGAGGAGAGGAUCAUGGCCGUUAAAUUUGGUGGUUUUCCGGGAUCCCUAAUCGAAGAAAAGGAAGCCAACCAGGUUUUCAGCUACAUCAGCUCAACCAAGAAUCCCGUGGCGACCAUCCUCCCAACCAUGACAGUGACAGGAGGUAAACCCGCACCUGCAGUAGCAUACUUCUCAUCGAGAGGACCAUCGCUUACGAGUGUGAAUCUUCUCAAGCCGGAUAUUUGCGCACCAGGGGUUGACAUUUUGGCAGCGUGGCCUGACAUUGAUGGGGAAGAGAUUAUCCCCGUCAAGACUCAUUCAGGAUACAACCUAAUCUCCGGGACUUCCAUGGCCUGUCCACAUACCUCAGGGAUUGUUGCAACAGUGAAGGCACAAAAUCCAAGUUUCAGUGUUUCUGCAAUCAGAUCAGCCGUUAUGACCACAGCCACGCAGACAAACAAUUUUAAUGCGCCAAUAACGACAACAGAUGGAGAAAUUGCCACCCCGUAUGAGAUUGGCGCGGGAGAAUUAAACCCCACUGCAGCAUUAAAUCCCGGGCUAGUUUACGAAACUGAGAUUGCAGAUUACCUGCAGUUCCUCUGUGCAACGGGGUACAAUACAUCUCAGAUUCGGCUCAUCUCGUCAACUGUCCCCAAGGGCUUCAAGUGCCCCAAGAAGUUGACAGAAGACAUGAUCUCCGACAUGAACUACCCAUCCAUUGCAGUCUCUGAUCUAAAGGAAGGUGUUCCUAAGGCAAUCACAAGAACUGUUUGCAAUGUUGGCCCCGAAGAAUCAGUGUACACUGCAACAAUUGAAGCACUGGCAGACAUUGAGGUCACUGUAACACCAAAUAAAUUGGUGUUUACAAAACAAGAGAAGAAGCUAAGUUAUACUGUGACCUUUACGGCUUCAUCAUCCCUUAAGAGAGACACGUUUGGGUCAAUUACAUGGACUAGUGGAAAGUACAAAGUUUUUAGUCCAAUCGUUGUAAGUAAGUGUAUUGUGUAAGGGAGUAUCAGUUAAGGGACAGAUUGCUAGACAUGUGAACUGAUCCCUAAAGUCCAAAAACAUGUUACACAUCAAUGAAUAAAUUUUUGUUUUAAGA